UCUCUCUUUCUCUCUCUCCUUUCCUGCAACUAUUUCAUCUCCACAAGCUUCCAAACAAAGAGAAUUAAUGGAAAGUGAGAUUUGUAAGGUUUGUUCUCCCUCUUGUCGUAUGACAUAUUUAUGAUCAAACUGAAAACAAUAACCCUUAUCUGGUUAAUGGGUGUCUCUCUCUUUCUUUAUUCCUCAAUUUCAAAACAUGCUUAUACCAAUAACUAUAGAUCCCUUUUUCCAGUAUAACUUGCCCCUCCAUAACUUUUUAAUCCAUGGCUCAUGUUGAUAUCAACUCUAACAAUUAUCAUCCAAACUGCUGGUUCGGGUUUUUUUGUUCUCGGAUAUGACCAUGGUUCCUGCUGAAAAUCUCUCUAAACAACAUCAUCAUCAUCUUUAUUCUGGUUAUGGUGGUUGUGGUAAUAAUUGUACAGAGAGUUUUGGUCUUAUGAGUCGAAUACAAGGUUAUGACUAUAGUAGUGAAGCUUGCUUAGGAUCUGAUCUAGUUGUUAAUCCCAUGGCUGAAGAUGAAUCAAGAACUAACAGUCUUAACGAAGCUGGUUCAAGCUCGAAAGAAAACCAAGAAGAUCAAAGAGAUGAAGGAUGGCUACAAUUGAGUAUAGGUAGUCAUCACAAAAGCAACCAUGACAUCAAGCAUCAUCAGGUGGACCCAACGGCGAGAAGAGGAGGAUUGAUCGAGCUUGAUCUAUUACCAGGUGGAGGUGGUAGUUCACCACAAACGAGGCCUUUAGCCCCUACUUUUCAAGUGCCUGAGUUUCGAGGUCCACGGCCGGUUAUGAAUAUUGCUGGUGCCAAUAGUUUUAGCUCAUCUUUAUUCUUUCAACACCAAGGAAGUAGCUCAACAUUUCCUUCUCAUCAAGAGAUUAACUGGGCAUUUAGACCCAUCCCACAAAAUCUUGCGAUGGCUUCUUCGUCUUCGUCUUCGUCUUCUUCUUCUUUGAUGCCAUUCGGGUCCUACUUUGCACGACCAUUUCAAGUGCAUACGGGAAUAGAUGUUGCUGGGCCGAGCUCAGAUUUCAGAGUUAUUGAUCCUCCUCGGAGACCCCAGUCUGGCAUUUGGUUUAUGCUAUUAGCAUCCCAAAAUCAAGCGAGAGAACCGUUCUUGCCGCAGAUACAAAAGAGCUACUUAAGAAUCAAGGACGGGAGGAUGACAGUUCGACUAUUAAUAAAGUAUCUGGUUAAUAAGCUGAAAUUGGAUAGCGAAUCAGAGAUAGAGAUAACAUGUAGAGGACAACAGCUUCUGCCUUUCUUGACGUUGCUGCAUGUAAGGGAUAAUAUAUGGAGUCCCAGAGACGCAGUGACUUUGCUUCCAGAUUCCUCUACUACGGAUCAUGUCAUGGUGCUGCACUAUGGUAGGACUGCUUCAUUAUAAAAACACUUAAAUAACAAAUUUCAAAGCAAAGAAAAAAAAAAAAAAAAAAAAUCCCAUAAUUUAUUUAUUUGCUCCAACAUGUAUUAUUUAUAAGUUAUGAUGAAAACCCUUUCUUUC